AUGGGUGCUGCUUACACUAUUCUAGGUAGAACGGUACAACCCCAUGUGCUAGCUUUGGCCACUAUUUUGGGCACGGUGGGUGGUGCUACCUACAAGCUUUCAGGUUCUUCAAAGACACCCGAAACUGCAUCGAAUUCGAGUCCGGCAAUCGCGUCUUCUGGAUCCCAGGAAUCUGGCGAGAUGGACAUCGAAAAACUUCUAGAUAACUACCUGCAACAAGCUGACAAGAAAUAA